AUGAAAACACAGCUUGAGGGCAUCCCGAAGGCUCCUAGCCUCAGCAAUGCACCUUCGAUCAUCCAACCCUUAUACGACUAUGGAGCUAAGCAUUUUGCCCUCGCUGUCAGGAAUCACGAGGGACUAGUGCUAUAUCUCGAUAGCGCACUGGGUAUGAACGCGAUUCCUGGACCUAUGCGUGAA